AUGGUCUUCAAGACGCUCAUCUCCGGCGCCAGGAAGCUCGCCCUCGGUGACGGCGGCAACCCCACCGACCUCUUCCCGAAGACGGACCCGGAAGUCGACGGCGACGCCUGCGAGCACGACUGCGAGAGCUGCCACGUCAAGUACCCCAAGGGCUUCAAGAUCGACGAGGCGGACGACCUGUACGGCCACAUCAAGGGAUGGAGCACGCACGCGCUCGUCGCGACGGGGAAGAGCGACUGGGUCAGGGACGUCGCGGACGAGAAGGGCAGCGUGAUGGAGGCCAUCGGCAAAGCCGCCGCGCCUAGCAAUGGGAAACUCAUGCUCUCCGCCUCCAACAUCCCCACGCCCAGCCACUCGAGCGACUACUCCGAACCCACGACCGUCCUCCUCCUCCCGGCCUUCGUCGUCAUCGACCACGUAACACCCAAGCGCGUACCGGACCUCAUCUCCGAGUUCGUCGACAAGGCGCCCACAAACACCUCCCCGCUCGCGCCCCUCGCCCUCCCGACCACCGUCCCCGUCGCGUCCACAAACGGCACCGAGACAGGCGCAACCGCUGUGUCCAUCCCCCCGCAAAUGUCCCGCCGCCCGUGCCCGCACAGCGCGCUGAUCCUCCUCUGCUCGCAAAAGACGCGCGACGCGCGCUGCGGGCAGUCGGCGCCGCUGCUGCGCAAGGAACUCGAGCGGCACCUCCGCCCGCUGGGCCUGUUCCGCGACAUGGACGACGAGAGGCCCGGCGGCGUGGGCAUCUACUUCAUCUCGCACGUGGGCGGGCACAAGUACAGCGCCAACGUGAUGGUGUACCGCCGGCCCGACGCGUUCGGGCUGGACGGGGUGGAGAGGGCCAAGGUGGCCGGGGGGGAGGAGGAGCUGAAGCCGAAGGUCAGGGCGGCGGUGCCGGAGGCGGAGGACGUCGGGGCCGCGCAGUGUAUCUGGCUGGCGAGGAUCAAGCCGGAGGAUUGUGAGAAUCUGGUGCGGUAUACGAUUUUGCAGGGCAAGGUCGUCAAGCCGGAGACGCAGUUGAGGGGCGGGUUUGAUCGCGCCAAGGGACUGAUGAGUUGGUAA